AUGUCUCUCAAAGGCCGAAACAUCCUAAUAACAGGCGCCUCAAUGGGCAUCGGCGCCGCCAUCGCCCGCCGCCUCGCUGCCGAGCAAGCAACACUAAUCCUCUUCGCCCGCUCCUCCGACAAACUCACCACCCUAGCAAAAGACCUCCAAGACGCCCAUCCCGACCUGAAAGUAUUCACCACAUCCGUCGACGUCCAAGACCACGCCGCUCUCUCCACCGCCAUCUCCAACAUCGUCUCCCAAGUCUCCCACAUCGACGUACUAAUCAACAACGCCGGCCUCGCUCUCGGCGCCCCGUCCCCUUUCCCAGACCUCAAGAUUCAGGACAUCAUCACCAUGACCAGCACGAAUAUUAACGGGUACAUGUUCGCGACGUACGCCGUGCUGAACGAGGGGAAGAUGAAGGAAAGAGGCCAGGGUACGAUCUUGAAUGUCACAAGUACGACCGGUCUAGAGGUCCCGCCGUUUCCGGGCGAGGCGGUGUAUCAUGCGAGUAAAGCGUGUCAGGAGGCGUUUACGAAUGUGCUCAGGACGGAGUUGGUGGGGAGCGAUAUCAAGGUGUUGGCGUUGAGGCCGGGGGUUGUAGCGACCAACUUCCACGAGCAAAGGUAA